CAACAUCAGUUGGUAAUCAAGUGUCUAUAAGUUCGGAUCAGAAUUGAAGUAUACUUAUAAGUAGGCGUGUUAAACAGUGCAAAGAAUGACUUCGAGCAAGUCAAAAUAUUAAGCCAAGAAGAUAUUUCAAACCAUCUUAUACCUAGUUAGUUAAAAAGUGUCCAUGUUCUUUGAGAUAUAUACGCAUACAUAUAUCAAAUUAUCUUAAAUUUUGAAUAUCUUAAAAUUCAAGAUAUUGGAAUACAAAAUAUAUAGUUUUGUAAAAUCUGUUUUAAGUCAUUGAAUUUCUUGACAGUGAGUGAAGUUCAUACAGGUGUAGAGAGGUGUUAUUAAAAAACAAUGCUGGUGACCUUCAUGAACAAAAUGUCUGUUUUUUUGUCUUCAUCAAUGACUGUAAGAUUUCUGGUACUGCAAAUCUUAAUAUUCGAAAUUGUAAACGGAUGGGAGAUCGAUGAAAAAGGUCGUGGGGUUUCGGUGCAUAAAAAGGAAGGAGAAAACUGUAAUAUUAAAACUGGUGAAUCAGGAAUCUGUACGAAAAUCUCAUCGUGUGAGGUUUAUUAUGAAGGCUUGAAACAGAAGACUAUAGUUUACAAUGAACUUGUUCUCUGUACAUUCAAAGAUUCAGAAGAAGUUGUUUGUUGUCCACUUAAAGCAUCAGUAAGCCCACAAAUAUCAACAACACAAAAUGCAAACGAAACAACGAAUAGGGUAUCCGAUGGAACACCUAACGAAUUACCAUCAUCAAUUAAUUCGAAACAAGGCCAAACUACAAGUGAUAGUGAGAGACCGUCACAAGUUGCUUGUCAAAAAUAUAGGGCAAUCAAUCCGGCUGUACUUGCGUUUCAUAUCAUAGGUGGAGUUUCCGUAAGUCCUGGAGAAUAUCCUCAUGUGGGAGCUAUGAUCUAUGAACUCGGGGGUGGUAAUGAUCUUGAAACUCGAUGUGGAUCAUCUUUGAUAUCCGAGAGAUAUGCCUUGACUGCUGCACAUUGUAUUAAAAAUCCACUCUUACAGCCGAUUUUUAUUAGGUUUGGCGUGGUCGACUGGAAGUCUGUUGAUGAUGAUUUAACUCCGGUUGAUGCAGGAAUUGAGGAAGUUAUAAUCCAUCCCGAAUAUCGCGGUCACUUACGUUACCAUGACAUUGCCCUUAUAAAGCUAAAAAAUGAUUUAAAAUUUACACCUUUUGUUCGUCCAGCAUGUCUGUAUUCUGAUCUCGGUGACCUUGACCCAGACACUCAGCUUGUGACUCUCGGUUGGGGUUUCACAGACGUCCAGACUAAGGCCCGCUCCGAUGUGCUUCUUAUGGCCAAUGUAACAACAGUUGAUUUAAAGGAAUGCAAUGCCACACACAUUAAAAUGGGUACAGAUCGGAAAUUUCGUAGUGGCCUUGACGAAGGGCAGUAUUGUGCUUAUGAUAAGGAUUUGAAUAUGGAUUCUUGUGAGGCAGAUUCUGGUGGUCCAUUGGAAUUGGUUCGCAAUAAAAAAUCAACUAUUGUUGGAGUAACGUCAUUUGGACGUUCAUGUGCAACUACAACUCCGUCAGUUUAUGUUAGAGUAGCACAUUACUUGGAUUGGAUUGAAAGCAUUGUUUGGCCAUCAUAAUUUUAAAAAAUAUGAAAAAUUUUGAUUUUGAUACAUGUACAAUUAAUUCUAUUUUUUUUUUAACAAACAUUCAUAUUUUACUUUUGAAAUAAAUGCAAAUCGAAAUUCG